AUGCUGGCAAAGUGGGGGUCGUGCCUGCUGUUAGCAGUGGUACUGCUCCAUCCAGCUUCCAGGGCCCAAGCCAUGAAAGGUGUCAAAUGUGGAGGUGUACUCUCAGCACCUUCUGGAAACUUCUCUAGUCCCAACUUCCCAAGACUAUACCCUUACAACACAGAGUGCAGCUGGCUGAUUGUGGUGGCAGAAGGAUCCUCGGUGCUGCUCACUUUUCAUGCCUUUGACCUGGAAUACCAUGACACGUGUGGCUUCGACUUCCUGGAGAUCUACAACGGGGCCUCUGGAGACAAGGGCAAUCUGCUGGGGAGGUUCUGUGGCCAGGUGCCCCCACCACCCUUCUCCUCCUCCUGGCACGUCAUGUCCAUCGUCUUCCACUCCGACAAGCAUGUGGCCAGCCGUGGCUUUUCUGCAGCCUACCAGAAAGAUGUGUGUGGUGGUGUCCUGACUGGCCUGUCGGGAGUGCUCACCAGUCCCGAGUACCCCAACAACUACCCCAACAAUGUGGAGUGCCACUGGGUGAUCCAUGCCUCGGGACCCGCCGCCGUCAAGCUGGUGUUCAUGGACUUCCAGGUGGAAAGCAGUGAGCAGUGCACCUAUGACUACGUGGCAGUGCUCGGGGCUCCUGGCCCCGCCCAUGGGCGCCACUACUGUGGCAGCGCCAGGCCCCCCGCCCUCACGUCACUGGGCCAUGAGCUGCAGGUGGUAUUCAAGUCAGAUUUCAACAUCGGAGGCCGGGGAUUCAAGGCCUACUACUUCUCAGGAGAAUGCCAGGAGGUGUUCACAGCCGUGCGCGGCAACUUCUCCAGCCCACAGUACCCAGGCUCCUACCCCAAUAACAUCCGCUGCCACUGGACCAUCCGCCUGCCUCCUGGCUACCAGGUCAAGGUAUUCUUCCUGGACCUGGAGCUGGAGGAACCCAACAGCUUGACCAGAACCUGUGACUUCGACCAUCUGGCAGCCUUUGACGGAGCCAGUGAGGAGGCACCACUGCUGGGGAAUUGGUGUGGUCGCCACCUGCCACCACCCAUCACCUCCAGCCACAACCAGCUUCUGCUUUUGCUCCACACGGACCGCAGCACCACCGGCAGAGGCUUCUCUGUGGCCUACAUCGGAGUGGUGCCCAUGAAUGUGAGCUGCUCCCGCACGGACUUCCAGAUCCUGAUCGCAGCACAGGUGCUGGCCCCGCUGGAGCGGACCAAGGUUUACCUGGGCAGCCGAAGCUGUGCUGCCCAGGAAGUCGGCAGCAACUUCCGGAUCCAGGCCCGCUUUGACACCUGUGGCACUGAGUCUCAGAGAAGAAACAACACGUCCGUGAUCGUCAGCGUGUUGUACAUCGACUUCUCAGCUGCCGGGCGGGAGGACGUGCAUGAGUAUGAAGUCCGUUGUGAGCCCCGGCGCAAAGAGGCUUCUGUCCACCUGCUGUCUGGCUCUGACUGGCUCGGACCCUAUGCUGCCACAGCUGAACACCUCCAGGAGGCACCACCCGGGGAUGAAGUGGAGGUGCCAGAGGGUCCAGUGACCAUGAUUGCCCAGGACACCAGUGACAUCGUCUUCCUGGGUCUUUGCAUCCUGGCUGGGGUCCUCAUGGUCAUUGCCAUUGUGGUCCUGAUGUUACUGUGA